UGUACGCUAUAAAUUGCAGAGAAGAGGACAGUUGUCUUGCGAGUAGUAAUGGAGUAUUUGCUGCCAACGCUGAGGGAGAAGAGAGCGGUCGAUUCCCUCAUCAGAGACACCCUCGACAAGGUCCUCGUCCUCCGCUUCGGCCGCUCCUCCGAUGCCAUCUGCCUCCAGUUAGACGACGUCCUCUACAAAUCGGCGAGAGACGUUUCCAGAUUCGCUACGGUAGGGUUAGUGGAUGUGGAUUCGGAGGAGAUUCAGGUUUAUGUCAAGUAUUUUGAUAUAGCUUUCAUCCCCUCCAUUGUUUUCUUCUUCAAUGCUCACCACAUGAAGAUGGAUUCCGGAAGUGCAGACCACACUAAGUGGGUCGGUACGUUUCAGAGCAAGCAAGACUUCAUUGAUGUUGUGGAGGCAAUAUAUAGAGGAGCAAUGAAGGGAAAGCUUAUUGUUAAUUGUCCACUGCCUCCUGAGAGAAUCCCAAAGUUUCAGUUGCUAUAUAAAGAUGUUUAAUAGGUAUAUUUAUGUCUAUAAACUAUAAUGCAUGUCAAAGUUACCGUGUAAUCUAUUUGAAAAGUCCAUUUAUUUGGAUUUCUGCUCAAUAUAAGGUCAUAAUAUUUUGAAUUUGACAUGUUUUCCGAACUUAUUGUUUGGAAGACAAAUAUAUCCUGUUUUAGUAUCAGCUUGGUACUCUUCAAUUGCAAAUGCACUAAUGCGGUCAUAUUAAAAUUUUGUAUGAAUGAAAAUAAUUUAGUGGAUAUAAAUUAGAAUGUCGGUGUUCCUUAUGGAAUCAGAAAACAAGUCCAAGGUCAUUGAAAUAUUUAUGUCGAUCAUUCAUCAAUUAGCGUCGCUUUAAAGAUCGACUUAGAAUUUAGAAUCUUAUUCUUACAAUUGUGAUAUUUCCUGUCAAGAGGAUAGAUGCAAAUAUCAUAGAUGAACUUUAACACUUGGCCUUCACAAUAUGCUGAAAUAGAGCAUGUAAGAUCUUGCAACUAGCUCUGAGUUGGAUAACAUUACUAUUAAAGCGUUUUUUGAACUCUAAUAAUACAUUUUUCAAUUAUUCCAAGUAGUUCUUAUUAUUUUUUAAUGCCGUUGUCUCAAGUGUACUCUUAAGCUGUCACUAUGCAUGAUUCAAGAACAAUGUUGACUUUUUUGGUUUUUCAUAUAUAUUUGUUUAGUUUAUAGUGGGAACCCAUGUAACUAGGAAUAGCUGUUGAGAUGUCAGAUUUCGAAUGAGUCCAACAAACUUCCAUUUGUAAUAGUGGUUUGCAGGGCAGAAAUAUGGGUGCAGCCAUGUUACUCUGCAUUCCAUCUUUCCAAUUUUGGUGUUGUCUUUUCACCUCAUGUCGAAGAUGCCCUAACCUCUGCAUUUCCAGUGAUGUAUAUAGUAACCAUAUAGCACCGUAGCUUUUAAACAUAUCAAGUUGAUAUAACACUAUAAAGAUUGUCAAUUCCCUGAUGCUUCAUCUCAUCCAUAGUUACCAUGACAAGCUAUGCAUUUUUGCUGAUCCUAUUGUAACUACUGUGUCCGGUAGAAGACUAUAGAGACCUUACUCAUUAACCAUGAAAUUAACUAAUGUAAAAUCUUCUUUUGCCAUGGUGAGGAGAUUAAAGAACAUCUCCUGGAUAGUUCUUGAAGCAGGGAUGACUCUUAGACAACUUUAUUUCUACUGAAAUUAUCUUUCCUAUGUGCAUAUGCGAUGCGGAUUAGAAGAAAAAGGGCACUUCCAUUUAUCAAACAUGCUGUUGGCUAUGAAAAGUUUGUGAGGUGACACAAUGUGUAUUAUGUGUUAGCUGUUUUGCGAAAAUCUGUGUGUGUUGGAAAACUGAAUUGAUACCGAAUGGACCACUAUUUGUUCCAUUCUGUUCUCGUUGCCCACAGAAUCAGUAGAUGAAAAGUGUGAACAUGUAUGGUGUAUGCUAUGUAGUAUAUAUGGUAAUGGCGGUGGAAAGUGUCUGUGUCUAUCCAUCCAUCCCCUUCACCCCCACAAUCCCAAUCCCCAUAACUAUUUAUUGUAAAGCAGAGGAUAGGCAGGUGAUGAUAAUUGUAAUACAGGGGUGAUUGUGAUUCCCACAACCCAGAUUGUGAUUCCAUGGAUGGAUGGAUCAAGAUCUAUGUGGACCUCCCUCUACCCCGGUAAUUGGUGAAGAACCCCAGUCCCCUCCCUGGAUGGGCUUGUUCUGCUACAGCAGUAGAAAAUCUGGCCCAUACAUCCAUCCUUCUACUGCCAUAGAUGUGCCUAAAGCAGCAGCAGCAGCAGCAACACUCUUUUCUAUAAAUGGGAAUGGAUGGCGAGGAUUCAACGUCGCCGAGAAAGUCCUCCGAAGAUACAUCAUCGAAAUCCUUCCCUUGCCUAUACUGCUCAAGAAAGUUCCACAGCUCACAAGCUUUGGGAGGUCAUCAGAAUGCUCACAGAAAGGAAAGAACUGCUGCAAGAAAAACCAAAAGAAUUUCUGAUUAUCCCAUAAUGCCUCCCCCGCCACCAUUGAUGUUCUCUCCCAUCGGCAUUUUCAAUCCCUCCGCGUAUCUCGCCGCUGCCCGUCAGGUCGGAUCCAACGGCGCGCGUGUGUUUGAAGAUGUUUUAGUGUACAGUGGGCAUUACUUGAGUGAGGGUUAUGGCAACAAUGAUCAGAACUGGCAAUGGGGUGUGAGAUGCAAUGAAUCUGGACAUGAUGAUCAAAGGUAUGGGGACGGUGAGAUGCACAAAGAACAUAAUCUUGAUUUGUCUCUUCAUUUGUAGGAGAAGAACAAAAGUAAUGAUCCUUUUCAUGGCUACAUACAAUUUUUUGUUAGGCUUUUCAUCAUUAUUGCAUUGCAUUCUUCAAAUAAAAUUGUUUUCAUAUGUUUGUGACAAAUAAAGAUUAGAUUUUGUGUUUC